AUGGCGGACCUGACACGGCAUCUUGUCAAUGAUGCCUGGGGGACGUCUUGCACAGAGCUUCCCGACGGCGACACGCUAGGAAUCUUCGGCAGCGGCGGGGGAGCCCCGCAGAUUCUGGGUUCCAACUUCAACAAGUACUGCCAACCGGUGAACGUCGCCAACGAGUACACCAGUACUGGCGCCUUAUCGGUUUGGGGAUGGCUGUUCACUAUUUUCUUCACUUGGUCGGGCUUUGCCUUCCUCAUCGUCGGCAUCUGCUGGGCGAUCAGCCUUCCCCGCAAGGUGGCCACGCAGUGGAGGACUAUUCGUGCGCGACGGGCUUCGCGACAGAGUCCUCUCCUUGCCACGGGCGUGUAA